AUGCCAACCGACCAAGGAGAAAUAAAGUAUAUCGCCGUCCUCGGCGCAACAGGGAACCAAGGGGGUGGUGUUGUCCGCGCACUUCUCGCGAAGACCGAGCCAUCGUUCCAUGUUCGCGCCAUCACACGUGACGUUUCUUCCCCUGCAGCGCAGAGGCUUCAGGCGAAGUACAAAGACAGUGGUAGACUUGAGUUCGUCGCUGCUGAUGUUUACAACAAACAAUCCCUAAUUGAAGCGUUUCAAAACGUCUAUGGGGUGUUUGCUGUGACGAAUAACCGGAUCGCUGGGAAGAAGAUUGAAAAGGAGCAGGAUAUGGAUCAUGAACUGGUGGCUGGGAGGAAUAUUAUCGAUGCGGCGAAGUCCCAGCACAAUGAAUGA